GUACACAAAGAUGGCGGUUGAACGGGAAGUUUGUCAAUUUGGGUUGCAGCUAAAGUAGAAAUGAAAACGUUUGUUCCUGUAAACGUUUAUAGUUGAUCUAAAUUAAUGUAGUAUUUAUCUAAAAGGUGUUAUAUUUGUGAAAAAUGGCUUCGUGGGCUGGGUUUUCGGAGGAAGAAUUGCGGAAGAUACAGCAGAAAGGCGAGCCGAGUGAGAGUGUAGUCGCUUCGUUUGGCCGCGGGCGGAGAUCCGCUCCUACUAACCGGAGCAGGCAGCAGCUGCAGCGGGAAAAGGCUCUGCAGAUGGCCGCGAAGCAGAAAGCGGCUCUGAGCGACGCUCCGCUGGCUCCUGAGCAGCAGCUUCAACCCGCUGCUUCACCCCAAACAAACCCAGACACAGGACCAAAGCAAGGGUUCCAGCAGCCGGAACCGGAAACUACUGUCACUCCCAACUCAGAAGAUCCGCCUGCAGCAGUGAAGGAGCUGGACAAAAAGGAAGUGGAAUUACGAGAGAAGACCCGUCUGCAGCACCUUCAGUGGGAGCAGCGAAUGAUGGAAGAGAAGAAUAAAAGAAUCAAAGCGCUCCUGGCCAAGACCAUUGCUGAAAAAUCGAAGCAGACGCAAGCUGAAGCGGUGAAGUUGAAGAAAAUCCAAAAGGAGCUCCAGGUUCUGGAUGAUUCGGUGUCCAGCGAUAUCGGUGUCCUCAGGAAGCUGAUCGAGCAGGCCAGCCUGGAGUAUUCCAUAGCAUGGAAGCGCUUGGAAAAGGCAGAGGCGGAGUACGUGGCAGCCAAGCUGGACCUGCACAAGAAGACCGAGACUAAGGAGCAGCUCACGGAGCACCUCUGUGCCAUCAUCCAGCAGAACGAGCUGCGCAAGGCACGCAAGCUGGAGGAGCUGAUGCUGCAGCUCGAGCUCAGCACAGAGCAGGCAUCCCAGGGGGCGCAGGAGGAGGGGUGUGAGGAGAGAGAAGGCCCCGCCCACGCUGCUGCUUUAGUUAACGAAACUAGUGAUGGCCAGAUGCAAACAGACGUCACCGAUAUUAGUGUGGAGAGUCCCGGUGCUGCGACUGUAGUAAAGACGAGUGGAGGUCAGGAGAGGGAACUGAUCACAGACACUGCGAGUGGCGAGGGCUAGUCUCUCAGACGUUAUUACAGAUACACGGUAUGGGGCUGCUUCCAAGUGUAGAUGAUCGGUACACUUCAUAAAUAAUCCUUUAGUAUGAUUACCUUAUUAGUAAUGAUAGUAGAAGAUGUAGAUCUAGUAUUAUUUAUUAUGGUGGAGGGAGAGAGAAGAAACCAGGCUGCAGAUUAAAGCGUUAACAAAACAGUUAAUGUUCUUAAGGUGUUUUCAUUCAUAGGAGAGCACAAUAAACUUACUAAAGAGUUUCCAUUGCUGGCUGCAGCUUCAAUUUUACUCCAAAUGCCAUCUGACAACUUGUGUAACACUACACUCGAUAGUUUAUAUGAAAAUUUAAUUAUUGAGCAAUUUCACGAACACUGCUGAAAUGUAUGACCGUGUAUUAGGGCCAUUGUAGGGUUAAAAAAACAGAGCUGGGUGACGAGGUAAUAAUCUGAGAAAAAGCUAAGAAAUUCUCAGAUUAAAGUUGAACAAUUUGCAAGACAAAACUCAGAAAUUCUCUUGAGAUGCUAAUCACAAACUUGCGAAGGGGGGGGAGCAGUUCUGAGAUUAAAAAGUCACAAAUUUACAAGAAAUAAACUUUGAAAACAAUUUAAUGCUUCCUGGCUGCAGUGCAUUCUGGGAAAUGUAGGUGAAACUCUUAGUGCUUUAUUCUUUUAUAGUGUGCAAUCGAAGAGGAAAGACUGCCUUCCCAAGAAAACUCAGCUCAGCCGGGGCGUCAGUGGUGUGAUCACAUUGAUCCAACUUUGCAAAGUGAAGAGAUCUGGUUCCUUUCAACAACAAAAAAAAACCAAACACUAUCCCCCCUCCCUUUUUUUUUUUUUUUAAAUUGUGAAUUUAUGACUUUUUAACUCAGAAAUUCUUUGAUUCCCCCCA